AUGCCGCCGCCUCCUCAUCAAAAGCCCGAAAAUGUCCUGAAGCGCGCUCAGGAGCUCAUCGGCGUCGGUCAGGCGCCUACUGCCCUGAACCUGCUCCAUGAACACGUCACAUCCAAGCGCUCUCGCAAUGUCCCGAUUGCUUCCCUCGAGCCCGUCGUGCUCCUGUUGGUUGAGCUCUCCGUUGAGCACAAGAAGGGAAAGCUCGCCAAGGAUGCUCUCUACUCGUACAAGAACAUCGCCCAGAACACCAACGUCGGCACCAUCGAGCUUGUGUUGAAGAAGUUCAUCGAGCUGGCCGCCGAGAAGGUUGCUGUCGCCCAGACCAAGGCCGAUGAGAUCCAGUCUUCCCUGGAGGCAACCACCACCACCAGUGUCGAGGAUCUCGAGGCCAGUGAGACCCCCGAGUCUAUCCUGUUGGCAACCGUUUCGAGCGAGCAGUCCAAGGACCGCACUGACCGCGCCGUCAUUACGCCUUGGCUCAAGUUCCUGUGGGAGGCUUACCGUACUGUUCUCGACAUUCUUCGCAACAAUGCACGUCUCGAGAUUCUCUACCAGAGCACUGCCACCCAGGCCUUCGACUUUUGUCUGAAGCAUGCCCGCAAGACCGAGUUCCGAAGACUCUGCGAGCUUCUCCGCAACCACGUCCAGACUGCCGCCAAGUAUUCGUCGCAAGUGCACGCUAUCAACCUGAACGACCCCGACACCCUGCAGCGUCACUUGGAGACUCGCUUCCAGCAACUCAAUGUCGCCGUCGAGCUCGAGCUUUGGCAGGAGGCUUUCCGCAGUGUCGAGGAUAUUCACACUCUGCUGAACCUCAGCAAGCGCCCUCCCAAGAACGUCAUGAUGGCCAACUACUACGAGAAGCUCACCCGUAUCUUCCUCGUUGGCGAGAACUACCUUUUCCACGCUGCCGCCUGGUCCAGAUACUACAACCUGCUCCGCCAAUCCACUGCCAUCGUGGCCGCCGGCCAGGGCAAGAAGUCCGACAACCCCGCUGCUAGUGAUGCAGACCUUCAAAAGGCCGCUUCCUUCGUGCUGCUCUCUGCCUUGGCAAUUCCCGUCAUUAGCACCUCGCGUUCUCGCGGCGCCAUGGUAGACUUUGACGAGGCCAAGAAGAAUAAGAACUCUCGCCUGACUCACCUGCUUGGCAUGAACACUGCCCCAACCCGAGCUGUUCUAUUCAAGGACGCGCUGUCCAAGUCUCUUCUCCAGCGUGCUCGUCCUGAGAUUCGGGAUCUCUACAACAUUCUCGAGGUUGACUUCCACCCUCUCUCCAUCUGCCAGAAGAUUUCGCCUAUUCUGACCAAGAUUGGUGCCGAUCCCGAGAUGGAGAAGUACAUUCUGCCUUUGCAGCAAGUCAUCCUCACCCGACUGUUCCAGCAGCUGUCCCAGGUGUACGAGACUGUCGACCUCAAGUUUGUCGAGGGCCUAGCACAGUUCCCUGAGCCCUACCAGAUCAGCCGUGGUACCAUCGAGAAGUUCAUCAUGAACGGAAACAAGAAGGGUGACCUGUCAAUCCGCAUGGAUCACGCUACCGGUGUGCUCAGCUUCGAUUCGGAUGUCUUUGCCUCCUCCAAGGCUGUUCACGCUGGCUCUGCUGCUGGCUCUGCCGAAAGCGAGACUGGUGCCGUUCAGCGUCUUCAGAGCACUCCCUCGGAGAUUGUCCGAAGCCAGCUGACGCGUCUGGCCAAGACUCUGCACACGACAUGCUUCUUCAUUGACCCCACCUACAAUGAGGCUCGUAUCAAGGCACACCAGGCAGCCCUUGCAAGGGCCAAGGCUGGUGCCGAGGAGGAGAACCGUGCCAUCAUGGCUCGCAAGGAGAUUAUCCAGAAGCGCAAGGAGGAAGCCUCGGAACUCCACGCCAAGAGAGAGAAGGAGAGAGCUCUGCAGAAGCGCCGCCAGGAGCAGCUUUUGGCUGAAGCCGAAGAGAAGAGAUUGGCGCAGGAGCAGAAGGAACGUGAGGAGAAGCGUCUCAAGGACGAGAGAGAUCGUGUCCGCAAGGAGGAGCUCAAGAAGCAGAUCGCAGAUCUGAAGAUUGGUCCCAACGCCAUCGACAUUGAUGUUGAGAACCUCGAUGACUUCGACUCGAACCGUCUGCGUGCCCUCAAGCUGCAACAGCUUGAACGUGAGAAGAACGAUGUCAACGAGAAGCUCCGCAUCACUGGCAAGCGUAUUGACCAUCUUGAACGAGCCUUCCGUAAGGAGGAGGCUAAGAAGCUCCCUCAAGACUACGAGAAGCAGCGCGAACACGAUCUCGCUGCUUACGAGAAGAGCAAGGCCGAGACUCUUGCCGAGUCCAAGGCCCAGCACAAGGCUAACGUUGAGCUCAAGCACAGACUUGAGCGCCUUGUGCCGCACUAUGAGACUUUCACCAAGUCUCUCAAGGAGCGCCGUCGUGAUGAGUUUGAAGCUCGCCAGCGUGAUGCACAGAAGGAGUUCGAGCGCCAGGUUGCUGCUCGCAAGAAGGAAUACCGUGAGCGCAAGCUGCGUGAGAAGCGCGAGCGUGAGGAGCAAGAGCGCGCCCUUCGCGAGGCUGAAGAGCGUGCAGAGAGAGAGAAGGCCGAGAGGGAGAGAUUGGCAGAACUCAAGCGUGCUGAGCUCGCCAAGAUCAAGGAGCAGCGCGAGAAGGAGAGACAAGAAGGUCUGGAGAAGGCCGCCAUGCAGGCCCGCAGAGAAGAGGAGGCCAUGGCAAGGAGAGCUGCAGAGAAGGCUGCUGCCGUCUCUGGUCCCCGCCGGGAGGCUCCCCCGCCCCAGACAGACUCCAGCGAGGGUCGCCCCCGCCUCAACCUGCCUGGUGCUGGCAAGUGGAGAGAGCGUGAGGCUGUUCGUGGCGCUGGUGGUGACGAGCCCGCUGCGGCCAGUGCCCCGCGCCCAGCACCACCCGCCGAGCGCACGGACUCGAACGAGCGCUCUGCCGGUGGCCCGCCACGCCUCAACCUUGUCGGUAAGAGCGGUGGCUCCUCUUGGAGAGACCGCGAAGCUGCAAAGGGCACCGCUGGUGGUGGUGCAGCACCGCCGGUCCGCAGUGCCUCUGGUCGUGGACCGCCAGAGCGCGGUGCCGAUCGCGGUGCUGAACGUGGUGCUGAGCGUGGUGACGCUCCUCCCGCCGAGACCUUGAAGGCAUCCGGUGCUCCUGGCAAGUGGGUGCCUCGUCACCUGCGUGACAAGCAGUAG